AUGGAUAAAAAUGUGAAGAUUUUUGAAGAUGAUCCACGCAACCUGCCUAUUUUGGAAAGAAACCUGAGGGCCGAAGGAGCAAACUUAGCCAAGUUCCCUAGGAUGAGCAUGGCUGAGAGUUCGAGGCCAGAUGAAGAGGCGAGAAUUGAUAUAGAAAGGAUGGAGUUGGAGCCUAUUUGGAAGAAACAGAUGGAGGCUAGCCUCCGCAGUUGGAUAAUUAUAAAAACUUGA